GAAUUGUAAUCAUAUUCAUUUAAUAAGCAGCGUCUUCAAAAGCCCCACACAUCACGAGUCAGCAAUGGAUUUACAAAAAUUUGCGUAACGCCAAUGGAUGGAAUUUUCAUAACCAAAGAUAAAAUUGCCCCCCCCCCCUUGGUUUAAAGUAAUCAAUCAUUCAAAAAGAAAUACAAAAGCACGAAGUUAUAAAUGGGUAAAGUGCUUUCGGUAAUGUUUAGACCUUUGAGGGAUUAUAAUUUAGAAAGCCGGGCCCAUAAAGUGAUUUCCAAAGAGAAACCAAUACCAGCACCUAAACACCACAGCGAUUUGAAAUAUACCGAGUUUCUAAAAGAGUAUCCCGAUGUGGAUCAAUCAAAAAAUGAAGCACUAAAUAAGUUUUUACAAGACGUAUAUGUUACAUCAAGGGACCCGACGCCCCAUGCACCACUUGACAGUUCCAGUGCGAAGAGACCGCUUCCAUUACAUCGUGGGAUUGUUGAUGAUGCUGAAUUUGGAUUUCGUGAGCCAGAUAGUGUUCCUUAUGGUCGUGCCACCUUGAAGUCGGCAUUAAAGUUUAUUUCGGCACAUCAAACCAAUCCCAAAGAAAAUUCAAUUAAAAAAAUAGCGGAGGAAUAUAAAUUACACGAAGAUACCUUAGUUAAUAUUCUUAAAUACUAUCGCGUGUUUGAAGUUUAUAUUCCGAGUAAUAAAGCAUCAAAGGUCAGUUUUGCAGGUCCAUUAGUGCCUAGAAAGCAGAUAGUCGCACACGAACAAAAAAAAUUGACAGAUGGUAAAGAUUAAGACAAAAAGAGACAAUUAGUGUAAAUAUUAUUCAAUAAAGAUAAAAAGUUG